AUGCCGACUACGCUCCCCGCCAAUACGCAGGCUCUCAUGGACGACAUCGCGGUCGUCCCCAUCUACUCUUUCUUUGGAGGGAUAUUCGCUGCAACGACAUACGGUGUCGCGUUCGUCCUGUUCGUCGUCUGCUUUCGGCUCCUCCUCAGGAGUACUAAACGAACCAAACAUAUGCGCCGUUUGCUCCUCGUCUACGUAUCGUUCAUGUUCUCUCUUUCAACACUCGCGCUGCUGUGUGGAAUUGUGCUCCACAUCAACACUACUCGGCAGAGUUUUUGGCUCUUUCUCGAGAGUGCUGGAGUAAUUGAGGAAUACCGUUUCGUUCGGCGCCUUGUUCCAGAGAAACUAUUGGAUUGGUCUAUGGUGGUGGCGACAUGGGCAGCUGACGGGUUCUUACUCUGGAGGUGUUGCGUGUUGUAUGACGUCGCAAUACUUUCUUGGCGCAUCGCACUCUACUGUCUCUUCGGCAUCUUGAUUCUCCUCUUGUUCCUUUCAGGCUGUUUUUACGCCAUCCCAACAGAUGAACGGGCUUUGAAUUUGGUCGUCUUUUCCUCCAUCACCCUUUCUGUCAACGUCGUCAUUUGUGGCCUCAUCGUCGGCCGCCUCGUUUAUCACCAGCGCUAUCUACGCGGUGCGAUCGGACGCGGUUAUGGCUCUCCAUACCGGAGGAUCAUCUCGAUGUGCGUCGAGUCCGCGUCCUUGGUGGUCAUCUUCGACGCAGUGGCGAUCUUUCUCUUUGCUUCCCCGCCGAUUUUCAAGCGAAGUCCCAACGUCUUUGUUCCAAUUGUCACGCAGAUCUAUGUCGUCUCUGCGUUCUUGAUCAUAUACAAGGUUACACGUGAGGAACCGCCUGCUGGACCUUCAAGUCUGCGCACAGCCGACAUCGAGGAAGCCAUGAAUCGGCUGGAAACAUCCUCGACCGACAGGGAGGAUCCAUCGGCAAGAUACCACCACCACAAUGCCCCAGUCAUACAGAUGCAAGCUCUUCCGAUCCGAUAA